GACAUCAGUUUCAAAUAGACAUUUGCAUUGAUUGAUUCUUAGAAUUUAAGUUCAAACAUUGACAUCAAGGAAACGCAAAGGUUUAAGAAAUCAUGCAUAAGACUUUGGGGGUAUUGAUAACUCUCCUAAUUGGAUUUGUUUGCGUUCAGAGUUUUGCUAUUGAGGCCCGUUGGAGUGGUGUAAAUAACGAAGUCUAUUCGAAGUAUGUUUGUAAUGGUAAGGAAAAUGGCGCCCGAAUUAUGGUAGUUGGAUCAUGUACUCAAUACUAUGAAUGCAAAUCUGGUGAAAGCACUGUCAAAACUUGUAGGAGUCCAAACAAAUUUUUCGACUCAUCAUCAGAAAAGUGUGUGGCGAAAUCAGACUGCAUUGAACCCAAAGGUGAUUGCUCGACAUCAAAGCCUAAGCCGACACCACCUUGUAACAAUAAGCCCACAACACCAUCUACUCCAAAACCAACUGAGCCAUCCAAGCCCACUAAGCCCACCAGGCCAACAAAACCAACCAAGCCAACACCAACCACUCCCCAGGAUACCCCAUGUGAGAUCAAAGGUCAAAAUGAACAGCAAAAGUUGCAGGAAGAACUUGAAAAGCAAUAUGCUGAAUUUUUUGGUAAUUCUGGACAGAAGUGCGAAUCCCGUGGUGGAUCUUGCCGCGGCCUCCCAAAUGGAACUUUGAUCCCCCACAAAGACAAUUGCCAAAUGUAUUUGGUCUGUUUUAAUGGCUGUGGUGCUGAAAAUAUGUGUCCCGCUUCGUUACUUUUCAACUCUGAAACACGAUUGUGUGAUAAAAGAGAGAAUUCUAAAUGCAGUUUGUAAAUCUUGUUUCUAAAAAUAAAUACAACUUUAAGGAAUUGAAAAGUAAAA